AUGUGGAGCAAAAAGCAGAAGCAAACUAGUCUCAGAGCCGCGAAGGAUGAGGAACUCCAAGUCCUGGAUUUUGGCAGAGACGGUUACUGCUACGGCUUUGGAGCUCCCGUCAACGUAUUACCAAAAAUUGAAGACACAGGCUGUCAUGGGAAAACAUUGAAAUUUUAUUUAUCAAAAUUUGUGCUAACUCCCCCCCCCUCCGUGAGUGAACAAAAAAAUUUUGUUCACUCACGGAGGGGAUUUUUUUUUUUAAAAAAAUUUAUGUAUAAAAUUUUAUAAAAAAUAUUUUUUUUCGAAUUUAAAAAAAUCCUAAUUCGCAAAAAUUGGAAAGCAAAUAUUAAUUCAAUUUGCAAAAUUUAUGUUUUAAAAAGCAAUUCGUUUUAAAAUUAAACAGAAUUAGCUCAAUAUUUCAUUAUACUAAUUAUCAUUUAUAUAUCAAAUUUUUUUUUUCCAUAAAAAAUUUUUCUAUUAAAAAAAUUUUUGUUCACUCACGUGGGUUUUUAGGCAAAAAAUAGCGAUUUUUCUAAUGGUUUUGUUCACUCACGGAGGGGGGGGGGGGGAGUAAGAAGAGGAGAAGAAGCGAAGAGAAGUUUAUACAGCUCCUUUAUCAUUGCUUUAGAGGCAAACACGGGAGAUGGAGAGGUCUUGAGAAUCCUCAAAUUGCUGUCAGGAGAUGCAGUGGUCACCUUCGGGGAAGACAUGGCGUGAAAGGACCUGAAGGACAGAGGGAAAAUAGUAAUACAGCAUGAAGGCAGAAAGCAAACAAUUCCAGUAGGACCAGUCUUUGAAGGAGGAGAGAUCAACUAUGUGAGGUAUAAAAUGCAGGUAACUAUUCCUACGAGAAUUGAGCUAGGGUAA